AUGCUUCUUGUCGUCGUGGACUCUCACAGUAAAUGGAUUGAGGCCAUUCCCCUGGCUCACGCGACCUCGCGCAACACAGUCGAUGCCCUGCGAACGCUGUUCAGUAGAUUCGGUCUGCCACACACAGUAGUGUCUGAUAAUGGCACGCCAUUCACCGGAUGGGAGUUCAAGGAGUUCUUGCAACAGAACGGGGUAGUUCACGUGCGGGCAUCCCCGUACCAUCCACAGAGUAAUGGACUCGCCGAACGUGCGGUGCGAACCAUCAAAGACAGACUAAAGAAGUGUGGGGACGCAGACUUGUCAAGGGCGCUGGCUAGAACAUUGUGCCGCUAUAGAAACACGCCGCUUCCGUCCGGGCGCUCACCAUCAGAAAUGUUGUUGGGUUACCAGCUCCGCACCCGAUUAGACAUGUGUUUUCCUCCCAGGAGCCGAGCAACAGGGGAUGUCCACUCUGCUGACAGCGCCGAGUGGAACUUCGCACCGGGAGAUCCUGUGUACCUUCGCAAUUACGGCCGUGGUGACAAGUGGACACCUGGGAAGGUCCGGUCAACCUCUGGUGCACGCAUCGUGUCUGUCCACACGGAGAACGGGCUUGUUCACCGGCACAUGGACCAGCUCAGGCGGAGAAGCAUCGAAGAACCGUCGAGUCCAGAGGCUCUCACUAGUACCCAGAUAAGCCCGGACCCUCCAGUACAAGACUGCAAAGCUCCAACGGCUACUGGCCCCGGUCUUCCGGGCCACCCGCCCCCAGAGCUAAGACGUUCCACACGUAUCAAGAAGCCAGUGGAGCGUUAUGGAUUCUAA